AUGGCAGGAACAAUGAAAAAAGUCGACAAGAUUCGCCAAAUCGUUCGCUUGAAACAGCUCAUGACACGGUGGAAACACCUCAGUCUCCGUCGCCAUUCCCUCCGUCCAGAGCCCGAAGAGCCCAGUGUCACUCCUCGACGACAACCGCCGUCCGGCUUCCUCUUCGUCUACGUCGGAUCGGAACGGCACCGUUUCGCCAUCCCCGCUCGGUUUCUCAACUUCCCCGUUUUCGCCGGUCUUCUCGAUGUGACUGAGGAAGAGUUCGGUCUACGAGGUAACGGAGGUUUGGUUCUUCCGUGCGGGUGCAGUUACUGUGCAUACAUAAAAAUCUAUGCACGUGCAUAG